AUGGAUGAAGGAUAUUGGACGUUUAAACAGCUACGAAAAAAGAUGGAGGAGAACGGACAGACGUUCAAGGAAUAUCCAGACGGAAGGGUAAAGAUUGACCUCGAUAGUGGGACAAAGACGGUGGGACUUCGGAAUCUCACGGGAAUUUUGGGAUACCGAUCCUCCAACGGUCCUAUAUACACCCCACACAUCAGCGACCGUCCCGUGGAUAUUCACGAUGGUCUGCGAUACAUCACGGUCAGCUGUAAUCUCGUGAACCGCGAGUACAACAUCGGAAAUCGGAGUACCAUCAUCACCUCCCUUCCUAUCGACGGAACCACGCCUCUUUUCGGAACCGUGACCAAGUACAAUGACAUCGAAAGUCAGGUACGGGUGGACGCUGGAAGGUACAACGAAAUCCGGUUUGAAAUCGGAUCCAACACCGGAGUUGUUCCGGGAGAUGUUUUGUUAGAACUUUACAUCAAAUAAAACAAUGAGUGAGGAUAUCUUUCGCAACUACUACGGGUUUUGCUGGAAAUGUCCCAGGAAGAUGAGGAGGACUACAACUCGGGCGCAAAGUGUCAUCUUUGCUCGAAACAGAUUUAUUCGGACAGCAACUGGAUGUACCUAAAAGUCCGGGACCACUGUCAUUUUACGGGAAAGUACCGUGGAGCAGCACACAGCAUCUGCAAUCUGAAAGCAAGGAAACCGGAUUUUAUUCCAACAUUAUUUCACAAUCUUGAGGGUUACGACCGAGUUUAGCGGUGAACGGGGAGAACGUGACAAGCAUUCCCCUGAAUGAACAAAAGCACAAGAGCCUAUCCAAAGAAAUCCUACGAUAUCAUGUUCCUGGAAAGGAAGGUGGGAAAACAAGGGCUUUUAAUCAAAGGUUUAUCGACAGCACCAACUUCCUGCAAUCUUCCUUACAAAAACUGGCAGAGAACAUGUCGGAAGAUGAAUUCAAUUAUUUGGAAAAAUUCGUCGGAAAGGACCCGGUCCUAAAGCAAAAGGGUGUAUUUCCUUAUGAAUACAUCGACAGUGCUUCCUCCCAAGGAGGACGUUUUCUCAUCGUUGACGAAAAGGACAUUUCCGACGAGGAUUACGCCAGAGCACAGGAGGUGUGGGAAAGAUUUGGGUGUAAGACACUCUGGGACUACUCGGAGGUCUACCUCAAAACAGAUAUCGCUCUUCUGACAAACACAUUCGACGACUUCAAGAAAAUGGCUAAGA